AUGACCAAGCCCAUCGCUGUCUCAUGUCCCGUCAGUCUUAACGCUUCAUCCGCCUCGCUCAACUGCAAAAAGCUUACACUCAAGCUAGCUCCCGGGCCCGACUCAUGGAAGGUCAAGUUAAUCCUCGAGGAACUCCAAGCUUUCUAUAUAAUAGAGUCAUUCAAGUUCGACGAAAUGAAAAACCCACCGUUCAUCAACAUCAACCCGAACGGCCGAGCCCCCGCAAUCGUCGACCCCAACACCAACCUCACCUUGUGGGGAUCCGGCGCCAUCAUCCAGUAUCUAAUCGAAGUCUACGACACCGAGAAGAAACUGACCUACAACCACACUCAACGAGCAUCACCUACUCAACCAGUACCUCCACUCCCAGAUGAGCGGGCAAGGCCCGUACUUCGGCCAAGCCGCAUGGUAGAUAUCACCCCGUAUUUUGCUGACUGUUCGACAUCCUCCACCCCCGGAGAAGAUCCCCUCCGUCAUCGACCAAUAUGUCGGAGAAGUCGCCGGACCCUGGGAGUACUGAACACGGUGCUUGAAGGCCGCACCUGGCUCGUGGGCGAGAAGAUCACCUUUGCGGAUCUGGUGUUUGUGCCGUGGAACGGACGGCUGGAUUACCUGCUCCCCGAGGAGGAUUACCUGGCCACGUACCCGAAUGUGAAGGCGUGGCAGCAGCGGAUAGAGAAGCGUCCGUCCUGGAAGGAGUGCAUCGAGCUGCGGGAUCGUCUGAUGGAUGAGCAGGGGUUGCAACCUAAUGGGAUUCCGGAGGGGGUGUCGGAUAUCAAGGACUAUGAGGAGCUGAUUGCCAAGAAUGCGGAGGAGCAACGGCGGCUGCAGGAGUAG